AAAAGAGUAAGAACGAGCUGUACAAGCGUCACUUGAGUAGUUGCGUGAACCUGAAAGAUUGUGCGAAAAGUAUAUUAAAUCAUGAAGCUUAUUUCCCUUUUGGGAAUAAUUUUGCUAACCGUUGCCUUCGUGCAAUCGGGAAUCGUUCGUCGCGACACCACCGACGACGACUUUGACGACGAAGAUGAUUCUCAAGAGGUUGUUUGGGACGAGGAUACCUGGUACGAGGAAGACGAGGAUGGUAAUCUGAUUGAAAUAACCGACGAACUCGGCAGCAAUGAGACACUUGAGGAAACCGAGCUUCUGCUACCGGAAAAAGUGUUCUUCCACUUGUACACGCUGGAGAACCCGACCACGUCUGAACAGAUCUACAUUGGAGAUGAUGAAACGCUUGCAAGCAGCAACUGGAACUCGAGCAAACUAACUCGAAUCAUAACUCACGGAUGGGUAAACUCGAAAGACAGUGAAGCGUGCACGCUUGUCCGCGAUGCCUACCUGGCUGAGGGUGACUACAACAUCAUCGUCGUCGACUGGUCGAAGAUAUCGAAGCAGCUUUACGGGUUCGCGAGAAGACGUGUCUACAUGGUGGGUGGAUACGUUGCAAAGCUGAUUGACUACCUGGAGACCCAAGGAUUGGAUAUUUCUAAGCUGAUCGUGAUCGGCCACUCUCUUGGCGGCCACAUUGCUGGUCUCUCAGCUCUUCAGGCGACAAACACGGUCGGCUAUGUCAUCGCUCUCGACCCGGCUCUUCCGUACUUCUGGUUCUCGAGCUCAGGCAGCCGAGUUGCUCAGGGUGACGCGGCCUACGUUCAGGUUAUCCACACCAACGGUGGUUUGCUGGGCAUCGACGACGCUAUUGGUGACAUCGACUUUUACCCGAACGGUGGAUCCAGCCAGAAUGGCUGUAUCAUUGACGCCGCCGGUUCCUGCUCACAUGCUCGAGCCUACAAGUACAUGGCCGAGUCUAUAUCCAGCAACGAUGGCUUCUGGGGACGGCUUUGCAAGAGCUGGAGGAGGUUUAGAUACGGACGUUGUAGCUCCACCACCACAACCUACAUGGGUGGUAGUACUCCAACCACCGAAACUGAUGCUGGAUCCUAUUACUUGCGGACCGCGAGGUCCUCGAGUUACGCUUUGGGCGAAAUAUAAACUGUCAAGACCAAGC